UUUUUGCUGAGUGAAUUUUUAAUUGAAAAGCCAUUUUUCAAUGCUUCAAACAGAGUGCGCGGCUACAAAUAAGAGCAAGUUUGUUGAUCACCACCAAUCGUCCAGUAGGAGUGUUGCCAUAGCUGCAUCUGCCACAUCCUCAUCGGCAGCCAGCACCUUCGUUGUCAAUCAUAGCAGUAGCAGCAGUAAUAUUUUAAGUUCCAGUGUAUUGCAAACAAAAGCAAGUAGCAGCAGCCUUACCAGCAACAUUAGCAAAACUUAUUGCAAUACAACAACAAACGUAGUGACGCGCAAACGUGGCGGUUUGGCUAUUGCUAUAAAGCGGCAGGAUAGCAUUGAUGCUUAUGGUAGCAAUUACAACAACAGCGGCCGUAAUAUUACGCCAUUAAGUUCUCGCCAGUCGUCUUAUUCCGUGCCUCCCACACCACUAACACCCACAGUGCCUACACUCAGGCGCGGCAUAUCGGUGCGCGAAGUUGAGGCUGCAACAGAGAUUUGCAUUGGAAACGGCGAUAACGCGACGAAUUCGCGUAGCACAGCAACACAGCAUCGUGAGUUGUCGUGUUUGGAGCGUUUUCGGGAGAAUUUAUACAGACGUAAGUCGACAACGUAA